AUGAGAAACAUAUACAAAAUUACUUACUCAAUUGGAUUUAAGAAUGAAUUUCUUGAUGUUCAUACUGAAAAUGUGAAUGGUACAUUAAUAACUCCAGUGUUUCAUAAACCCGCUGCUGAACCAUACGUAUUACCAUUUGGAUCAGAUCAUCCUCGACAUAUUUACAUUAAUAUUGUCUAUGAAGCAUUAUUACGUGCUGCUCGAUUAUCUUCAAAUGUGCAAACAUUUGAUAAAGAACGAUUGCGAAUAGAAAUGAUCUUAUUAUUAAAUGGUUAUCCACCAAAAUUUAUUAGACAACAUUUCCAUCGAUUCUUCCGACUAAAUCAAGCGAUGGAAGUUUUAACUCUAUUAAAUGUAAGACAAUAUGAAAAAUUGCAUGAAAAAUUAUUAUAUUUGCCAACACGACGAGAAAAGAAAGUUCUUCUUCAUCAAAGAGCCGCACUAACAACAAUCGCUGAUGAUGAUGAUGAUAAUAAUAAGCAUUUAUAUAACUCUGAUGAUCAAGCCAUAUCACCGGAGAGUGAUUUUGAAGGAAGCGUUCUCGCACAAUAA